AUGUCAAGUUCUAAUACUCCGCCACCUCAUUCACCUUCUACCACUAUUCAUCCUCCUCGUUCUCCACUACCUCGUCCGCAUCCUCCUCCUCUCAAGUGCCAACAAACUCUGCAAAGCGCUCUAAUUAUGCGCCUCCAAGGCCAAUUCAAAGAGAAUUCGCCUUGGAGAGCACAACAAAAGGCUCGCAUGGAAAUGUUUAACUACUUCGAACUCGUUGACAUCCAUCAAAUGCCUACACAAAAUAAAACGUGCGCUUAUGUUCCUUUGUACAUUCUUUAUUUAUGUGUGUUUGUGGUGAUUAGUUCCAGUGACAUUUGA